AUGUCAGGAAAAGUUCACGGUGGUAAAGGGAAGUCAGGUGCUAAAGACGGUGGCUCUAUCCAAGCCCAUUCCUCUUCUGCAAGAGCUGGUUUGCAAUUCCCUGUAGGAAGAAUUAAACGUUAUUUGAAAAAACAUGCCUCUGGUAAAAUCAGAGUAGGUUCAAAAUCAGCUAUCUAUUUAACUGCUGUUUUGGAAUAUCUAACUGCAGAAGUCCUGGAACUGUCAGGUAACGCUGCAAAAGAUCUAAAGGUUAAAAGAAUCACUCCAAGACACUUACAACUAGCCAUUAGAGGUGACGACGAACUGGAUAGCUUGAUUAAAGCUACCAUCGCCUCCGGUGGUGUAUUGCCUCAUAUUAAUAAAGCUCUAUUGCUAAAAGUAGAGAAAAAGGGUCACAAAAAAUAA